GACAGCUCCUGAUGAUUGUCAGGCCGGCCCUCCGCCAAGAGUCACAGAUUUAAAAAAACCACUCUUCCGCAGCCAGCUAGAGGCUACUACUUUGCCUGAUUUUGAACCAAUUUUUUUCUUUUGCCUCAGCAAUGGAGAGCAGAGGAGCCGCCGACAGCCAGGAUCCCUCGGCAUUUCUCAGCGGGAUCACUGGCGCAUCCGUGACGGUCAAGCUUAAUUCUGGCGUCGUCUACAAAGGCGAACUGCAGUCUAUAGAUGGGUAUAUGAACAUCGCCCUGGAAAAGACGCAGGAAUUUGUCAACGGAAAGUUAAGAAAAUCCUAUGGCGAUGUCUUUGUACGGGGAAAUAAUGUCCUUUACAUCUCAGCCGACUGAUGCCAGAGCCAUGGAAAGUGCUCUUUGGGUUCCGCAGCGAGUAGCUGGGUACCAUCAACUAUGACGUUCCGGCGCGCGUAGUGCACCUGUCCCAGACAGUGGUUUUUCUGUUGGAUGCCGAUUGAUGAUAGUGCACGCACGUGGCGGUUGGGGGCUGCCGCAUUUCGGGGCUGUGGGAGUUUUACAGGCGGGAUGAGGCCUCAGGAUGAGUUGAGACGCAAAAGCUUCAGGGAUCUUGGCGAUACCAACCACUUCUUCAGCGGGGGAUGGAUGGGGGGUAUCCCAAGACCCUCGACAUUGGUUUCAGGUGGAGGCGAUUCUACCUUUGAUAUUUCAUAUGUGGCGCGCUUAAGAAAAGUACACUUUGAACAGGAUGUUACCUCUGAUGUUGUAUGUUCAAUCGUGUUCUCAUGCUUUAUGCGAAAAAUCCUGUCUACUGCA